UAUUUCUCUCUCUACAAGACUUUCUCUCUCUACAACCAUCAUACCAUACCACCCCUUCCACCACCCUUCACUUUUAUGCACACAAGACACACACAUCACAACACAAGGGGAGAGAGGGAGAAAAAUAAAAACAAAAACAAAAACAAAAGGUGGUAGAUGCAUGAGCCACAACACAACACAACACACACAUUAUCUCAUACCACACUCACCACCUUGUAUUCCCCAAAAUUCCCAUAAUUCCCCUUCUCUUGCCUUUUGCCUCAGAUUUCUCACCACCCCACUUCUCUUCUCUCUCCUGUGUUGCCACCUUAUCUCUCCCUUUUCAUUUUUCAGGUUUGUCGUGGGCGACAGUGGUUGAAAUUGUAUCAUGAUUAAGGUUUCUUUACAUUUGUGUCUGUUUGUUUAUGGAUGAGUUUGGCUAAGGUGGUCUACGCUCGAAGUGCAGGAUCACUUUGUUCGCGCUGCAUAAAAGUCAAAGCAGGACCAACUUUUUGCCAAAUCUUCUACUCUACCGUUAAAUUGAAGGAAAAAGUUGGUAUAAUAGGACGUUAAUCACUGUGCUCUGAUGACUUGGUGAGAAAAUUGGAACUAACUAACAAUGGUAAGCUUGAGAAGGCGAAGACUUUUGGGACUAUGCUCAGGAAACAGUUCCUUUGUCACUCCACUUCCUUUAUAUUGUGAGAAUCUGUCGGGUUCAGAAAAUUUAAACCAGCAAGCUAAACCGAAGCGAGAACAGCCUGUAAUUUCUGAUGAUGCAAGCAUCCUCGACAGUAAUACUGUUGUGCAUGAAGAACCAGGAUCAUCAAAUGUUUCUGGCUCAAGCUCAUCGAAAGAGCAGCUUAUUCAACAAAUUACAGCAGGACCUCCUAUUAAACGCAGAAAGCGACAUAGAAGAAAGAAUUUGCACAAUCAAGAGUCUUGCGUAAUGAGAGGUGUCUACUUUAAAAAUAUGAAGUGGCAGGCAGCAAUAAAAGUGGACAAGAAACAGAUCCACCUAGGGACUGUUGGGUCACAAGAAGAAGCUGCUCACCUGUAUGACAGGGCUGCUUUCAUGUGUGGGAGAGAACCCAAUUUUGAGCUUCCCGAGGAAGAGAAGCGGGAACUGAGUAAAUUCAAAUGGGAUGAAUUCUUGGCCAUGACUCGGCAAGCGAUCACACGUAAAAAACACAAGAGAAGGCUUAGUCCUGGACCACAUAAUAGUCAUAACAUGCCACUGCACAAAGAUGAUUGGGAGAGUAAGCAAGUACUGAGUGAAGAUGCUGAGCACGAAGCAUCAGUUUCUUGAAAAUUAUGGUUCAUGAACCAAGAAUGAAGAUGAAAAACCUCUAGUCCUAACACUUCAACUCUACAUGUUAGAUUCAAUUUUUAUUGUAGAAAAAUGCAAUGUAAUGUCAGAAGUUGAUAGCAUUGAUUAUCCUUAAGAUAUUUAAGUUGCUACUACAUCUUAACCCAAUAAGGAGUACAUCCAUUGUCAGAUGUGUCAACUAUCAGCUGUUGAACUCAUUAUUAGUCUAUCAAACUAAUGCAAUGCUAUAUUCUUCUUCCACUCAGUGGAAGUUAAGAUGCUUCGCUUCAUUUCCACUUUUAGGGAAUGUCUAAAUGAAUUUUUCU